AUGAAACGAUCCGUUCGGCCUCUCUUCAGCGCCCUCCUCUUCGGCUUCCUCGCCGCCACACUCAUCUGCAGAGUGGCGAUUCGCCGGAGAAGCUUCUCCUUCAGCUCCGCCAUCGCCGAGCUCGGUACCUCCGGUCUCAUGACGCAAGAGUUUGUGUUCAACGAUACGCUGCUGGAAUUCGCCGCCAUUGAUCCCGGCGAGCUCAAAUUCAAGCAGGAGGUCGAUCUGAUUUCCGAUUACGACAACACUCGGAGAAGCCACCGCCGCUAUUUUAGCUCCAUGUCAAGGCCGAUCGAUGGCCGCCGAGGCAUUCCUUCCAAAUUCCCGGUAACGCUUCGCUCCCCUCAGGUUUAUCGUUACUGGUCCGAGUUCAAGAGAAAUCUACGGCUCUGGGCUCGUAGAAAAGCUUACGAACCGGAAAUCAUGCUUGAUUUGAUCAGACUAGUCAAGGAUCCGAUUGAUUCUGCUGCUUCUCUUUCCCUUCCGAGUAAAAGAUACUCAUCUUGUGCAGUGGUUGGGAACAGCGGCACAUUGCUCAGUAGCCAAUACGGAAGCCUCAUAGAUAAACACGAGAUCGUGAUUCGCCUGAACAAUGCCAAAACGCAGAGGUUCGAGAAGAAGGUCGGGUCGAAAACGAGCAUAUCUUUCAUAAACAGUAACAUUUUGCAUCUGUGUGCGAGAAGGGAAAGCUGCCAUUGCCAUCCCUAUGGCGAAACUGUGCCUAUCGUCAUGUACAUUUGCCAACCCAUUCACGUUUUGGACUACACCGUGUGCAAACCUUCUCACCGAGCUCCUCUGGUUGUCACGGAUCCGAGAUUCGAUGUCCUGUGUGCCAGAAUCGUCAAGUACUACUCGAUCAAGAACUUCUUGGAAGAAAAGAGAGUGAAAGGGUUUCAGGAUUGGAGCAAAGAUCACGAAGGUUCAUUGUUUCAUUACUCGUCCGGUAUGCAGGCAGUGAUGCUUGCGGUGGGAGUUUGUGAGAAAGUUAGCAUCUUCGGGUUUGGGAAGUCGAAUUCAACCAAGCACCAUUACCAUACAAAUCAGAAAGCAGAGCUCAAGCUUCAUGACUAUGAAGCGGAAUAUAAAUUGUAUCGCGACCUGGAAAACAAUCCCAGGGCCAUUCCAUUCUUGCCAGAAGCAUUCAAGAUCCCUUCGGUAAAAGUUUACCAUUGA